AUGACAUUUUUGGGACUAAGGGUACUGGAUGUCUUGUGGAAGCCUACCGUAAAUAUAGUGAGACAUAGAUAUCAUGCGGAUAAAACUCGCCUAGUAAGGAGGUACGGAUACAAAGAACAAAUUUGGAGUGGAGGUUUACUGCCCAGAGCCCUAGGGAAGCCUUUGCCAAUACCCGAGUAUAGACCAUCAAAUGCUUGGACUGAACGCAGAGCUCUUUUUGGACAAAAUGAUUAUAUUGACAUCCUUGGCCCAGGAGAUUUGCAUCCAGUUAAAACACUGUACACAGUUCCAUCUUGGAUUAGAGGUGUUAGUGGCAGCGAAUACCAUAUUCUUCUUCGUAAGAAGAAGAUGUGGUCAAAAACUGCUUCACCUGCGAUUCGCCCAACUAAAUGGAAAGAACUACAAAAAAGAAUUUCCUUCUUGUAUAGAAAGUUGAAUAGGAAAACAAAGACUGGAUUUUCGCCAGAUUAG